UGCCAGUCAUUCUGCCGACGAGACGAAUUAUGAAAGAGACAACAGCCAAGAGACGCGAGAAAUCCAAGGACUCCAAAGCUGAUAAACAGAAGGAUGCGGGCCCCGAGCCGCAGGAUGUGGAGAUGCCAGAGGAAGACUCGGCUACUGCAGAAAAGAAACCCAAGGAACUUGAUACCCUCACACUUGAAGACAUCAAGGAGCAUGUAAAGCAGAUAGAGAAGGCUGUGUCGGGCAAGGAGCCUCGCUUUGUGCUGAGGGCCUUGCGUGCCCUGCCCUCCACCAGCCGCCGUCUCAACCCCAAUGUGCUGCACAAGGCUGUGUCUGGCUUCUACACCUCCAAUGCCGCCGGCAAGGAGUUCCUACUCAGCUUUCUGGAGGAGCCCAUGGACACCGAGGGAGAUGUCCAGUUCAGGCCCCGUACAGGGAAGGCAGCUGCCACCCCCCUGAUCCCUGAGGCGGAGGCCUACCUGCAGCUACUCCUGGUGGUUUACCUCACCAACAACAAACGCUACACAGAGGCCCAGAAGGUGUCAGACGAGCUCUUGCAGAAGAUCGGCCCUCAGAACCGGCGGGCUCUGGACCUGGUGGCUGCUAAGUGUUACUACUACCACUCCCGCGUCUACGAGUUCCUCAACCAGCUGGACACCGUGCGUAGUUUCCUGCACACACGCCUGAGGACAGCCACCUUGCGGCACGACGCCGACGGCCAGGCCACGCUGCUCAACCUGCUGCUGAGGAACUACCUGCAGUACAACCUGUACGACCAGGCUGAGAAGCUGGUGUCCAAGUCAGUCUUCCCCGAGCUGGCCAACAACAACGAGUGGGCCCGCUACCUCUACUAUACAGGUCGUAUCAAGGCUAUCCAGCUGGAGUACACAGAGGCCAGGAGGACCCUGACCAACGCCUUGAGGAAGGCCCCCCAACACACAGCUGUGGGCUUCAAACAGACAGUCCACAAGUUGCUGAUUGUGGUGGAGCUGUUGCUUGGGGAGAUCCCAGACAGGCUGCAGUUCCGCCAGGCUCCACUGAAGAGAUCCCUAGCGCCCUAUUUCCUGCUCACCCAGGCUGUCAGGACGGGUAACCUGGCCAAGUUCAACCAGGCCCUGGAUCAGUUUGGAGAGAAGUUCCAGGCAGACGGCACCUACACCUUGAUCAUCCGCCUGCGACACAAUGUCAUCAAGACAGGUGUGCGUAUGAUCAGCCUGUCAUACUCUCGUAUAUCACUGGCAGACAUCGCUCAGAAGCUGCAGCUGGACAGUCCAGAGGAUGCUGAGUUCAUAGUGGCCAAGGCAAUCCGUGAUGGAGUGAUCGAAGCCAGCAUUAACCAUGAGAAGGGCUAUGUUCAGUCUAAAGAGACCAUGGACAUCUACGGUACCAGGGAGCCCCAGCUGGCCUUCCACCAGAGGAUCUCCUUCUGCCUGGACAUACACAACAUGUCUGUCAAGGCCAUGAGGUUUCCACCCAAGGCUUACAACAAGGACCUAGAAUCAGCAGAGGAGCGCAGAGAGCGGGAGCAGCAGGACCUGGAGUUCGCCAAGGAGAUGGCCGAAGAUGACGACGACAGUUUCCCAUGAUCCUCUGAGGGGAGCAAGUGCAAGGAUGCCUUGACUUUUUUUCCCUUUUUCUCCCCCUCCAUCCUUCCUCCUCCCUCUUGUAAUAGUUGUUUUUGUUUAUUUCUCUGCAGGCACAAGGCCAUUAUAAUGUUAUAUAUCUAUGUUAGCAUUCUAACAUACAAUAAGAACCUCUAUUCAACUCUACCACUGGUCCUCGUUGUCCCUGCUUUUAGACUUUGCGUGUCACUGUUAACUUGCUGGUGGAAGCAUUUGGUGUAUCUGUACUGAGUUUGAGGCCAGCACACAAAUAAACAGUCUUUGUCAAUUUAA